AUCCUUUACUGCGGGCCAGCGAUUGUUUACAUUGACUUCCGACUUGACAACGAAUAGUCGCAAGGAAAAUGCCCAAAAAACCAAAAACUAGCGCUAAGAAAAGCGAGGAGUCUAUUGCAGAAGAGGACAAAAAGGAUGAAUCGCUUGCACUUGAAACUGAAUCUUCACCAACGGAAGAUCAAACUGAGGUUUUGGACCCCCCAAAAGAUCCCUCACCAGAGCCUAUUUAUGAUGAACCUGUUCUUUCUGAACUAAUUAUCGAAACUUUUGAAGGUGAUAAAACGAGAGGAAUGUAUGAGGGAGAAGGCUAUGCCCUUUUUACAGGAGGUCAUACAUACAAGGGGCAGUUCUGUGAGGGUCUAAUGCAUGGUCACGGUCAGUAUACUUGGAGUGAUGGAGUGGUGUACCAGGGGGAGUUUUUCCAGAAUCAAGUGACUGGAAAAGGAGUUUAUAGAUGGCCUGACGGGAGUGCUUAUGAUGGUGAAGUUUUGAAUGGGAAGAGGCAUGGAAUUGGAACCUUCAAGUGUAAGAACAGCAAGUUAUCUUACUCAGGUGAAUGGUCACUGGGCAAGCGUCAUGGCAAGGGCAAGAUGGACUACGAUAGCGAAGGUCGAUCUUAUUAUGAUGGAGAUUGGAUCAACAAUGUCAAACAUGGCUGGGGGACUCGUCAGUAUCCUUCGGGGAAUAUCUAUCAGGGGAUGUGGUUCAACAACAUUCGACAUGGGGAGGGAACCAUGAAGUGGCUUGAUAGGAAUCAAAUGUACACAGGAAACUGGGAGAAUGGAAUUCAGCAUGGAGUAGGUCAGCACCUCUGGAUGCUGAGGAGAGUAUCCGGAUCUCAGUAUCCACUCCGGAAUAUGUACGACGGGGAUUUUGUGAAUGGCCUGAGGCAUGGAUUCGGUACUUUUUACUAUGCUAAUGGAGCUAAAUAUGAAGGAGGCUGGAAAGAUAACAUGAAGCAUGGGAAGGGAAAAUUUGUUUUCAAAAAUGGAAGGAUAUAUGAGGGAAUGUUUGCCAACGAUCACAUUGUGGAGUAUCCAGAUUUCACCAUGGACGGAACGACCACUCCAGAUAUAAGUCAGAUCCGAACAAGGACUCCUCUUCCAUAUGACAAUCUGUCAGUCCACAGUAAUGAGAGCAGGAACACGAUAAGUCCCAGCUUCCAGCUCAACAUAGAGCACCUGCUGGCCGAGUUCACUGAUACUGACCGAGAGGAGGAAUCCAGCCAGGUGUUGUAUGUAGUGAUGCGACACAUCAGUGCUCUGCGGAAGAUCUACAACUUCUACAGCAGUCUGGGAUACGACGAGAGUGCCGACAAUACGUUUGUGAUGAACAAGAUGCAGUUCUGGAGAUUCCUUGUGGACUGCGAGUUUCAUCACAGCGAGACUACUCUAAUGGAAAUGGACCGGCAGUUGGGCCACAAUAAAGAGAAGUAUGAACUGCACAAUCCUUAUGAAAAGAUUCUCCUGAGACAGUUUGUCAACAACCUCAUCGUGCUGGCCUACCAUAUGUACAAGGAAGAGGCUGAAGAGGAAUGCAAGGGACCAAUUCUGCAUUGGUGCAUGUCCAAACUGAUUUCUGAAAAAAUUCUUCGACAUGCUUGCAACGUCAAAGGACAUUUCUACACGGAGCCUAGGCGUGCUGUUAAUGCCGUGGUUCACUGGGACCAGGGCUAUGAGAUCUAUCAGUCCCUCUCCACCCCUAGAAAGAAAAAACCUUAUGACCCAGCCAUUAAAAUGAGAGAGUUCUUGUAUUUGAUGAAGGAUUUGAAGUUGAUUAAUAAUGACCUGACUCCCAAGGCCAUCAUUGAUAUUUUGUCAAAGGAUGACCCCAAUGUGGCGGAUGGGGAAGGGUGUUGUAACUUGGAACUAGAGAUGACAUUCCUGGAGUUUUUCGAGGCACUGAUUGGAUGUGCUGAGGUAUUUGGAACUGAGGCGGUCAUCAAAGACCCCACCACGCCUCGCCCCAGCACUGUGAUGACCCCAGAACAAAGCAUGUUCUCAAUUCCAGUGUCAAGGUCACGCCUAGACAGCCAGGAAUUUACACAACUUAGCCUUAUAACUUCAAAGUCUGUCAGUUUUGUGGUAGGAAUCGACGGGGCUGAGUCCCAGGGCGUGGUCUCUCCCAGACAGAACACAGCCUCCCCGGAGUCACAGUCCCCUACCAGAGCUGUGUCGUCUGCUGAUGGUACCACCAAAAAUGGCGAUAUUGCCAAACCCUCAGAGGUCCACCAGUCUAUAUCCAAUGUGACUGGGGGAGGUUCCGUCAGCAUUGGAGUGGAUGGGGGAACAACAAGCCGACAUGAGUCCACAAAAGAUUUGGCGCCAGACGUACAGAAGAGUAACUCGUUUUACAGUACUCACACCAAUGCCACGGAAGAUGGUGGACUAAUGCACAGUUCUGUGUCCGUUGGGGGUCAUACCACAGAGGGACAAGACGGGGGCGAGGAUGACGAAGAAGGGGUUAAAGGUGGCGUUGCUAUUGCUGAGCAAGAUGAAGAAGAGGAGGAUGAGCUAGACGAGGCCACUCGAAAGUUCAACUUCUGGACUCACCAAGUCCACAUCUUCUUCGUCAGGAAAUUCUUCCCUGCAGCCGAGAAGUUUCUCCAGCUCCGUCAGCUGGUGGAGCGCAGGAAUAUGGAGAUGACCAAACAGAGGAUCUCCGAGACUCCAUCCAGGAGGGAAAGUGUCAAAGUGAAUUAAUUUUGUGGUUCUCAAUCCACACAGCCUGUGAUAAUAUUGAUGAAAAAUUAUGAGGAAACUUUUUCUUUUGUAAAUUGAAUAUUAAACUUUUGUGUCCAGUAAAUCGGUGAAUUGUUUUUUUUAUUUAUGGACUAAAAAGUUCCAAGAAAAUUUGAACGCUUAACAAUUAAUGAAAUAAAAUGGUAAUCUCG